GCUCUAGACGAAAUCUGUUAACAUAUAUGACAGUAGCAUACCAGCACCACCUCAGAGACCAGCUUACAACUCUCUCUCGAUCUCUCUCUCUCAUCAAAAACAAUUCCCAUCUCUCUAAAACCAGAAAACUUACAUAAAACAAAAGAAAAGGAGUGAAAAUGGGGAAUCUGAGAGGGCAUGUGGUGUACGGAGCUGGUUUCUCUCUCAUCGGUCUAUGGCACCUCAUCAACCACUCCAAACUCCACACUCUCAACCCCAACUCCUUCACCGCCCUAACAUGGUUCCCCACUUCAAGAAUCAAAUUCUUGGAGCUCUACUUCAUCAUGGCCGCCUCCCUCGCCGCCGUCUUCAUGGACCUCUUCGGCGGCCUGCGCCGCCACCAACCCCUUGACGCCGACGGCACCAUCCCCUCCUCUCACUUCCACAGCUUCGAGCACUCCGUCAUCGCCCUUUCCAUCUUUGCCUACGCCCUCUGCGCGUUCCUCAUCGAGAAAACCCCGGCGAACCGCGGGCUGAGCAACGCCAUGGCCGCCGUGGCGCUGGCGGUGGAGCUGCUGGUGUUCCACGUCCACUCCGCUGACCACAUGGGGGUGGAGGGACAGUACCACCUCCUCCUGCAGGCCGUGAUCGGCACGACAUUGGCUGCGACGCUGCUCUCGAGCGCCGGCUGUGAUCAGAGCUUCUCGGUGGCGUACGUGAGGUCGGUGGGCAUCGCUUUUCAAGGGGUGUGGUUGGUGAACAUGGGGUUCAUGUUGUGGACUCCGAGGUUGAUUUUCCGAGGUUGUUUCAUGAAUUUGGAGGAGGGUUCAAAUUUUGUGGUGAGGUGUGAGGGAGAGGAGGCGUUGGAGCGAGCUAGAUCGCUCGUGAAUAUUCAAUUUAGUUUGUUUGUUGUUGGAGUGAAUGUGGUGGCUGUGGUGAUUUAUUUGGCCAUUUUCAAGAUGUAUUCGAGCAAGAAUGUUGAUUGUGAUGGCGAAGAUUAUGAAGGAGGGGAAGAGCACGUUUCGAGUGAGUUUCAGAAGGUUUUUGGAGCCAUGGAGAUGGAGUUGCACAGGUGAUUGAGGUUUAAUUUCAACGUAUAUGUAGUAGGAGUGGAUUACGGAUAUUUAAUUCUUUUUUUUCUUGUAUAUUAUGGAAGUUGUUGAUGGAGAUUAAGUGUUUAGCAUGGAAAAAUUGUGUAUAUUGAAUGUGUGUUUGUAGUGUAAAAGCCUUCCAAAUUCAAUUGAUAUUUGAAAUAUUGGGGAUAAA